AUGGGGUGCAUUCAGCCUGUCCUGGAGAUGGUCCUCGUCUCGAUUGGUGAUGCUAUUUCUGCCCUCAGUCUGGAGGGUGACAAAGGCGUGGUGGAGGCCGGGGAGACCAAAGGGCGUUUGCAGCUGGCGUUGGGAGUGGAGCAGCGGCUUAGGCUUAGGCGAAGAGAGCCAGGCGGAACCUCCUGGGACCCCGAAUCCAAGGAUUUUCCUGGACCGUCGAGAGUCGCAACGCAGGGCCCUGCGUCUGAGUUGGAUCUGAAAUCCUCCACCUCCUCCUCCUCACCUUCUAGUUACUUCUCUGAAGAGUCAUUGCCUGCGAUUCAAAGGGAGCAGUGUCCUGAGGAGACCAGCCUGCUCAAGUUGUUGCCAAAAUAUGGGCAGCACCCCGAGUGGACGUUUUACCCACGGUUUAGCAGUAAUGUCCACACCUACCAUGUUGGGAAGCAGUGUUUCUUCAACGGACUCUUCCUCGGCAACAGGAGGUCUCUGGCAGAGAGGACAUUGGACAAGAGUUUAGGGAAGAAGAAACAUGCUAUUGAUCCCAGGAAUGGAAUCCCAAAGUUAAAUCCAGGAGAUAAUCCGUAUAUGAGCCCAGAACAAAGUAUAGACUUCCACAAAGCAGGAGCGACUCUCCCACCGGUGAAUUUUUCAUUAGUGCCUUAUGAAAAGAAAUUUGAUACAUUUAUUCCACUUGAGCCUCUUCCACCAAUUCCCAGCGUGCCUUUUAGGGUGAAGGAGAGGGCCAACAGGCUUAAGAGUGAGAUAAAAGAAGUUGAGGAGCUUGAAAACUGGCGGCCAGCAACCCCCUUGCUACAAAGCAUAUAUUUUUCAGGUUCUAGUGGUUCUUUGGACUCUUCAAGAUAA